AUGGCUGUAAAAGUAGAUACAGGAAAAGUGGAAUUGCGAGUCGUCUCUGCUUAUGCGCCACAGGCGGGCUGUAGUGAAGAAGAGAAGGCAAGCUUUUGGGAGGAUCUGGAGCAGUACGUCCAAUCCCUGGAAAGCGAAGAAAUACUUUUAAUCGAAGGAGACUUCAACGGACAUGUCGGUUCUCGGAAAGACGGAUUCGAGAGUUGUCAUGGUGGAUACGGCUAUGGAGCUCGUAACGACGACGGGUUGCGAAUCCUGGAGUAUGCUGUUGCAAGUGACUUGAUCAUUGCUAACACGCAGUAUCGGAAAAAAAAUCGCAUUUGA